GGACACUCCUUGCAUAUGACUUCCUUUUCACUUUUCACCAGAAAUUUCAGCCUGGGCGCUACAGGCUUGUGUUCUGCGCUGUCAGUGGAGCUGCAGUGUUUUACAGACAGCAGAGCGGGUCUGAGAGCGGGGUUUAUACAGCUGAAUAUGAUAAUUCAGUGGCUGUACCCGUAGCGCGGCCAGGUCGGUUGUUUAGCUUGACGUCUGAGUUAGCUAAGCUAACCUAGCAACCGUGCAGGCGAUGCUAAUGCUGGGUUAGCUGCUGUAGCUGAACACAGGGAGCCCUAUGAGAUUCACCCGGCUGUGCGCGCUGGGGCUUCCUGUAACCCAGGAGAAGGAGCUUCUGCAGCUGUGAAUCAGAGCUAUCUUUCAGGGAUGGAAGAAGUUGAUCGGAUUUUAAUCCACUCCUUAAGACAGGCUGGCACAGACAUUGAUGAAGAUGUGCAGAGUGUUAAGCAGUUCUCCAGUGAGCUGAUAGUGGAAGCUGUGGUGCGAUGCCUGCGUGUGAUCGACCCAGGCCUGGGCAGCGGCCUGUCCCCUACGCUGCCUCCUGGCAUGUCUGCCCGCUUCAGACUGGGCAUGAGCCUGGCCCAAGCCUGCCAGGAUUUGGGCUACAAAGGUGAAAUUGGCUACCAGACGUUUCUGUACAGCAAUGAGCCGGAGAUACGCUCUCUGCUCAUGUUCCUGGUGGAGAAGCUGCCCAGAGAGAGCGCAGAAGCCUCAGACCAGCCAGCAGGGAAGUCUGUUCUUCUGCAGAAAGCCAUCGCAGCCCAGAUUAAAGCUCAGCUGGCCUUGCCUUGGCUCCCUCCGUCCUGCAGACUGCCCCUCCACCGUAAAACACAGAGUCCAGGUCUUUGUCACAGUUUUCGUGCACAGCCGCUCAGUCUCCCAUACUCGCAGAAAGCUUCUACCAAGAAACAAGCUAAAGAGGUGAAAGAGUACUGGAGGGAGCAUUUGGUGCCGGUGACAUCCCAGCCUUCCCAUCGUGCCUCAAUUCUUGCUUCACUGUUGGAGAACCAUGUUUCUGAACUCAGCGCCGCUCAGGAGUGGGAGAACGAGUGGAACAGUCAAGGCCUUCUGUCCAGACUAACACCUGAGGACUACCGCUCUAGGAAACGAGCGAGGUUGCAGAAGAGAAUCGAGGAGCAGCUCAGAGCAGCUGCACAGCCUCGGCCCGACACCCACGGCACCACACGCUCGACCUCUGACCUCGCCGAGCUGCUGAACUCUUUCGGAGGGACGACCACAGGGGGAGAUGUCCUGACUAAAGGCACGCGCUUCACCCACGCUGAGAAAUUCACUUUCACACAGGAGCCUGAAAAAGCAGCCCAGCAGAUGGCAGCAGCAGCAAGUGCACUUCCCAGCUCGCACCAAUCUGAGGAGGACCUGAAGGCCCAGCAGGAGGCGGAGCUGUCUGGCCUCCAGCAGCAGCUUCAGCAGCUGUCUGUCCAAAUGGAGGAGGUGGGAGGAGACAUCAGACAGCUCACAGUGUCCAUUCAUCAGGUGUCCGAUGAGCUGAAACAGAGAGAGCUGAGUAAUUCAGAGAAGGAGGACACAGUCAGAGUGAAGAAACAGACCAUCGACCUUCUGCCGGAUGCUGAGAACAACCUGGUUAAAUUACAGAGCCUGGUGGAGGCUAGCGCUAAACGAGUGGUUCAUUUGGCUGCACAAUGGGAGAAACACAGAGCACCACUAAUUGAUGAACACCGUCGACUCAAAGAGCUCUGCAGUAACAGAGAGAUGGAGUCCUCCAGGAAGUUAUCUGAAAUCAAAGACCUCCAUGAUAAAAUCCGGCAGUCUGCAGAGGAGGCUAAAAAGAAGGAGGGCCUUUAUAAACAGCUGAUAACAGAGUACGAGACUUUGCCUAAAGAUGUCUCUCGUUCAGCCUACACCAUGAGGAUCCUGGAGAUUGUCAGCAACAUUAAGAAACAGAAGGAGGAAAUCACAAAGAUUUUGUCAGACACUAAGGAUUUGCAGAAAGAGAUUAAUGGACUGACGGGGAAGCUCGACAGAACCUUUGCUGUAACAGAUGAGCUGGUUUUUAAGGAUGCCAAGAAAGAUGAGUCUGUUCGUAAAUCUUAUAAGUACCUGGCUGCCUUACAUGAGAACUGCACCCAGCUUAUUCAGACCAUUGAGGAUACAGGAACUAUCAUGAGAGAGAUCAGAGACCUUGAGGAACAGAUUGAGACCGAGAAUGGUAAGAAGACUGUUAGUAACCUGGAGAAGAUUCUGGAAGACUAUAAAGCUAUUCGUCAGGAAAACUCCGCCCUAGCUGCCAAGAUCAGGGACGGCUAAGAGGACGAGCCUGGAACUGUCCGCUGGUACUACAGAUACUAUGAUUGGCUGUCAUGGUAAAGAGAGUGUCACUCCGUCUCCGAGCUCACAAGCCUUCCGUCAUCUCCUUUAUUAACGUUCUGAUCCACACAUCUACAUCAUUCGCUUUACUGCUGGAGAUGUGGACACGAGACUUUUUUGUAUCAAAAUGACACAUUUAGUUUGUCGGGAGAAUGUUAACUGAUACUAACACUAGUCAUCUGAAUGAGAUGUUUCUGUUUUUUUUAUUUUAUUUGGCCUGGACUGCAGUGGUUCAAGGAGGACCUGCACUUAUGCUUUUGCCUUGUACAAACAGCGAGUUUUGCAAUACACAGUGACAACUUUAUAGUGUAGAUAAAAGUCCAUUAUUUGAGACUGCUGAUUUUGUAACGGUCACGUCCGUUCCUGUAAACAUGGAGGAAUGGAGGACUGGGUGAACUUGCCAAGUCAUGGAUUGAUUCUUCAGAUUUUAAAUGAGAACACAUUUAAAUUUUGUGCACAUGACAGUGUUGCGCUAGGAAUCUGAAAGCAGUGAGCCCAAAUCAGUAGCUGCAGUUCCGGCAGAUAACAGUGAUAACAGGGUUCACGAAGAUGUCAUAUUGAUCUAAUGAGCAGUUUGUAUUGAUGUCUUUAACUUUUAUCAAGUAAAGAACAAUACUGUUUGUUUCCAUCUGACCCCUUAUCAUAUUGCCAUGAGUGAAAUGUAAUGGAAUUUUCCUAUUAAGUAUUCUCUCCAAAUUAAUUUUGUAGAAGCCAAUCGCUGUUGUUUGAUUUUACAUAUUGCACACGAAAAAAAAGAAACAAUAUUUGCCAUUUUUUUAAUCACCACAUGUCUUAUGUCCAUGUGACCUGACUGAACAUCUUGUUCAUCAUUUGUGCCACAACUUGUAUGGCACAGAACGAUUCAUUGAGAAAUUGUUGAACACAUGAUUCAUCACUGUUCAAAUAAAUGCUUUUGUCUAAUGUAUAAAACGAACCUGAGGCAGCAAGUUUUUCAGAAAAGAAUGGUUCAGCCAGUUUCUUUUAUACCAUGGCCAAAUGCUUGUCUCUCGUUUUGAUUAAAGAGAAUGCAAAAAAAAACUAA